UUGGUGACACCGGGGGAUUGAAAUUUGUGGAUAGCAAGAUGGAUGUAGCAGGUUGCCACCAUCCAGAUUCUGAGUCAAUACUAGAGAAUGUAUGGGCGAACUUCGUUGGUGGAGAAAAAGCUGAUAAAACCACUAGCGAUACAACAAAAUCGUCCAAAUCAUGGGAAGAACUGCCAAGCCUGGAUGGGAGAGACGGAUCCUUGGAGAUUUUACAAAGGCUACCAAGUCUUGGGAGGUGGAUAUCAAUGGGAGCUGACAUAUGGGAGGAUCUUCUUGAUGGAAUUAUUCCUGCAGGCAAUAUGGAACAAUCCUGUAAUGAUAAUACAAGCAAGGAUAUAAGCACUCGAGGACUUAAAGUGAAUUCUAUGACAGUAGAGAAGGUGGCAACAAGACACUACCGGGGAGUGAGGAGGCGGCCUUGGGGCAAGUAUGCAGCAGAGAUAAGAGACUCGUCAAGGAAAGGAGCUCGAGUUUGGCUUGGGACUUUUGACACAGCUGAGGAAGCAGCUAUGGCCUACGACAAGGCUGCCUUGAGAAUUAGAGGCCCCAAGGGAUAUCUUAACUUCCCGCUAGAGACAGUUGCCAAGGCUAUGGGUAUUGACUACACAAAAACUGACCUCAACUGUUGUAUGUCUUGCACUUGUCAAGGUAAUGACUCUGCUUGCACACGUCUCAGCUACAUUGAAAAUUUCACCAAUCACCAAAAAAGAGAGUCUAGAGAUUGGGAGGAAAACAGUGAGUUUGUGAUGGUUGAACAGCCUACUCUAAAGAGAAUUGCAAGUGUGGAAGAGGUGCUUGAGGAUGGAUAUGAUGAUGUACUUGAGUUUCAGGAUUUGGGGAAUGAUUAUUUGGAGAGUUUGCUGUCUUCCUUUUGAAGGGAUACAAGAUUUGAAAGAUUACUACUGUACA